AUGUCUGGCCCUGCCGCCGAAGAAGAGGAGCUUCCUGCAAAUCACACAGGUCCUAAAGGUGUAAUCAAUGACUGGCGAAGGUUUAAGUUGGACAGCGUGGAUCAGAGCACCCCUCAGAACAAGAGACAGUUGCUCAGGCAGAUGUCCACCCCACGAGAGGAUGACAAAGAGAGACUGAACAGAAAGAUGAGCGUUCAGGAGUAUGAACUAAUCCAAAACGAGGACGAGCGCUGCUUGAAGCGCUACAGGAAGCAGUGUAUGCAGGAGAUGCACGAGCGCCUGAGUUUCGGGCCAAAGUUUGAGGUCGUCCACGAGCUCGAGAGCGGGGAAGCUUUUCUGGAGGUGAUAGAGAGGGAACAUCGCCUGACCCUGUUGGUGGUUCACAUCUACCAGCCUGGUGUCAAAGGCUGCCGGGAGCUGAACUCCUGUCUGGACUGUCUGGCUGCAGAAUAUUCCAGCGUCAAGUUCUGUCGUAUCGACGCCGUGGCCACGGGCGCCGCUGAGCGCUUCACCCCCGAUGUUCUUCCUGCCCUGCUGGUGUACAAGGCCGGCGAGUUACUGGGCAACUUCCUGUCCAUCGUCAAACACUUCAGAGAGGAGUUCUUCGCUACAGACGUGGAGGCAUUUCUCAAUGAGUACGGCCUGCUGCCUGAGAAGGACUUUGCGGCCUGCCCCGACGAGGAGGAGGAGGAGGAGGAGGAGGUGGAGUAG